GAAAAAAAAAAGGCUGCGGUCCUACUGUCCUGCCGGCUGCCUGGAUCUGCAUUCUGCCGUCGGCGCCGUUGUAUGAUUUUAAAAUUUGUAUUGAUAUGUGUAUUUUAAUAUUUGCUCUCUACUACAUAGAGAGUUGGAGAGAGUACACGCAUACUACAUAGUUAUAAGGAGAACUGCAAUCACCUGUUUGAUUUAUAAGGCUGCAUAUGAUCACACCACAUGUUAUAAAAACCAGGCACACUUCUAUAAAAGAAAAGUAAGCAUACUCGCACACUUCAAUACUCGUGCUUUAGUAGGCAUCAGCAACACCUCACUAUCACCAUGCCUCAGCUAGAAGAAAAGUACAUCCCGUCAUUCGACGGCCUCCUUUUGUUGUAUCGCAAAUUCGGACCCACCGAUCCCGAGGCACAGAAGAAUGUACACGCGAACUUAUGCUUAGUGCACGGUUUUGGUGAGCACUCUGCACGUUUCAACCAUGUUUCCGAAUCCUUUGUAGAACAGAACUUCAUCGUGCACACAGUUGACUUGCGAGGCCACGGAUACAGCGGUGGCCCACGCGCUGAUGGUUUAUUCUCCGAGUUAAUCAAGGAUAUAGGCGUACUCAUACAGCAGGCUGAUCCAAUGAAACCUUUAUACUUGUUUGGUCACUCUAUGGGUGGUUUGGCGGUGUUAAGAUACAUCCAAACCCACCCAUUAUCUCGUAUUGAAGGGGCUAUCAUCGCAUCACCAUUCUUGAAGCUCACCAAGGCCUUGCCGUGGUGGAAGGCUCUGAUGCUCAAGCAGGCAGCGGGCGUCCUCGGCGAGUUUCUAAUAAGCUCAAAUAUAGACCCCUGUGGCCUGAGUGACGAUCACGCCGAAGUAACCAAGGUGUUCCACGACAGGCUUAUGCUUCCCUUUAUGACUGUGAAGUUUGGUAAUCAGCUACUCACCACUGCCAAAGAGGUAUUUGACAACCCUCAAAUGAUGGACGUGCCGUGCUUCUUUGUCCACGGCACAUCGGACGCUAUCACCAGCCACAUCGCUACACAGGAGUAUGUGCAGCAAGUGAGUACUCACGACGUGCGAUCGCACUGGGUAGAGGGCGGUGCACAUGAGCUGCACAACGAUACUGGCUCAAUGCACACCAUUAGACUAUGCGUGGAGUGGCUGGUGGAACGUACUGACCCCAAGGAGAUGCAAGCACGCAGAUCAUUCCACAAACGCACACAGUACUCGAGAAGCCCUAUGGGCGGGAGAAAUAACGGCAUGCUCAUCACAGGUGGUAGCUGGAACAAACGUCUUAGUACACAGUCUAAUUCCUCCUCAGGUGCGAGGGGAUUAUGGGAAAAUGAGAAUAUUAUGAUGAACGGUGCAUUCGCUGAGAAGAAUAUACAGAAGUACAAUGUGAACCCUAACUUCAUGAUUAUGUGCAGGGUCAUAGCAUUGGCGCUCCUUUUCACACCGUGUGCGCUCUUGAUGGUGCCUGUGCAUCUCUUCUACGUGCUUGCGGCAUACCUUGUAUUCGAGAUACAGCUCACUCAGAAGGAUCUUCAAGGCUUGCUGCUAUUCGGUAUGGUAUACAUAUUUGAGAUGUACAAUCGCAUUCCCAAGGAGAUGUAUGCCGCUACCCCUCCCCCCGGGUCGCAGCCCAAUGGAAAGUUCUUCCGCGAGGAGAGCGAAGGCUUCCAGAACAACAGAGAUGCCUUGGAGUUUAAUGAAGAUUUGGAGGAGUGAUGCGUAUAUAAGUAUAUGUUUUUAUGUGGGAAAUGUAUUAUUUUUCCAGAUGAGAACAUCCAGGAGUGGAAAUAAAAUUAUCUUUGGACCGUAUUGUAAUGCAUGGUUGCUUGCCGUGCACGCAGGCUUGUACAAUUUAUGCGCGGGUAUCUGCCACGGUGAUGGUACAAACGUAUACUCACCAGACAAAUUACUUAAAUAGCUUUAUCGCCG